AUGAGUGAUGCAAAGUUGUGUGCUUUGAGUGCAUGGCUUAUAGAUUCAGGUGCUAGUGAUCACUUUACAGGGAACAAAGAAAUUAUGAGCAAUGUUAGAACUCUAAGGAAAGAAAUUAGAGUAGGUUUACCUGAUGGAAGUGUUAAAACUGUUAAUGAAGUGGGAAAUGUCAAGAUAUCUCCUAAUGUGACAUUGACUGGUGUUUUAUAUGUCAAUGAUUUUAAGCAUAACUUACUAUCAGUAAGUAAACUUCUUGAGAGUAGAAAUUUGAGGCUGUUGUUUGAUAAUCAAAGAAAACUAUAG